UCGCAGUGCAGCUUCUGCUGCUCUUCAUUUUCAGUGCCAGUCGUAUCGUCUGGACUGAAAGAAGUCGCAGUCGCAAAAAUGGCCUCAGCCCUGAAAAAGGUUGCGUUACAACUAGCGCCCGCGGGUACAAGGCUGUCUUCAGGUGGUGCAGGAACCGCUGGAAAACAUGCUUUGGCUCACGCCAAGAUGUGGGAGCGGAUUUGUCUCUUCGGAGUUCUUCCUGGCCUCGUUGUUGCUUCAGUGAUAACUUUCCAGCAUGAGGCGGCCCACCAUGAGCCCCCACCAGAAUACAAGGAGUAUGAACACAUGCGCAUCCGCAAGAAGAACUUCCCUUGGGGAGAUGGCAAGAAGUCUUUCUUCCACAACCCUGAGACCAACCCUCUCCCCGGUGUCGGUUAUGAGGUUGAACCCAAGCACUAAGUUUUUGAGAAUUGUUUUUAGCUAAACUAAAUGUAACUAUCCCAUGUAAAAUACAAUAAAUAUUCCAUCCCACAUA